AUGUUUUUCGCUACCUGUCAUGCGCAAAUUGCAAUGCGAUAUAAAUUUUCCACAACUCACGAGGCAAAUGAAGAAUGUAGCGGCAAUUCAUCAAAUUCUGGAACAUUUUCAAUGUUUACUUUCAACGGUAAGUUCAAUGAAACAUGGAAAUAUGAAAACAUUAUGCUGGUUAACUCAUGA